AAAUUAGGUACAAUAUCAUUGUGUGUUAUUUCACCAAAAACAGCAUGGUGAGGCGUUUAAACUUAAAUCAUCUACGUCAUUCUCUAUAUCCAUCUUCAAAAAAAUACAAUGUCAAGAUAAGCAAAAUGUAUUUUUUUAAUUUUUUUUUGCAAAUUGAAUACCUAUUUUUACAUAUCUAGCUGCAUCAUUGUUUAUUUUUAGAAAAAAAUAUAAUGGAGUUUACAAGAUCAGAAGUUAGAGAAAAACUACGUGAUUUAGGAUAUGUAAAUGUUCCUGAAUCCAAGCUUCAAGAAUUUAUGAGUGAUUUGAAGGAAUUGAUCUACCAUGAUCAAUCAUCAGGAGUAAUUGACUCAGAUGAUGGUGAUGAGACUGGUCAUUCUUUACUUGAAAGGCAUCAUCCUGACUCAAGGGUUUUGACAUCAAACUUACAACGCAAAGCAUUUUCAAAAACAAAGAUUUCAGGAGACAUGUCGCUAACAUUCGAUGAGAGCAAGUAUAGUCAAAAUGGGUCCCCCAUGUCAGAUAUGUCAUCUACUGCGACUUCUAACAAAUACUUAGAUAGCACUUUGGAAGAACACAAGAGUUCUACCUUUCGACGAAAAGUUGCCAGAAAAAAGAAUGGACAAGUACAUGUUUUCGAUGAAACCUUAACCGACAAUGACAGUCAAGCCUCGGAUAUCACAGAUUUAGAAGAGCACCUACGAGGAAUGCCAGGAAGUCGCGACAUAAGCACAUAUGCUGAAUCCAGUGUCAGUAUGGUGUCUUCCAGGAGUCGCAAAGCUCCACUACCAGCUUUUAUUCGACCUUCAACAGCACAACCACACACAAAAGGGAUUAGAAAAUGCGAUCCAGUGUCAAGAUACCACCAAUUUAAAGAAGAAUGGAAAAUGAACAACGUACCAGGAGAAUCCAAACACUCAUCGCUGAGGUGGAACAUCAGAGGUGAAAUGUUAAACUGCGAAAUGUUUGAGAAACCACAUCGCCGUUACACAACAAACAACUACGUCGUUCCCACAUCAAAGAAACGCCAAGCAUUAAGAUGGCAAGUGAGGACAGCCAUGGCGAAGAUUUGAUGUAGAAUGAAAUUCCAUCAAUCUGUUGAAGUAUCGUACUGUUCAUUGUCAUAACUCUUGUAAAGAUGUGAUUUCUACUGAUUGUGAUUUUUUCACUGGGUCUAUUAUUUUUUUUACAGCAAGAUUUAUUACAAUGUCAAUUAUUACUGCCAAUCUCUGCAUGUACAAAUGAAUUAAAUUAUGUGAUCAGUUUUGCUUUGAAUUAUAGUAUUGUUUCUCAGUGACAUUUGUGUGGAAAAAAUUGAUGUGGGCAAGUUGUGUGGAGGUAUUAAGGCAUGAAAAUAGCGCUUUACCAAAAAAUUCCUUUCUAAGUAACCAUUUGAAUAUUUUUUGUCUUCUUGUUUUGUGAAUAAGAUUUUACGUGUAUCUAUGGUCAAAUUCACCUGAAAUUCUUCUAGUUAUAAGGUUGCAA